CUUUGUCUCGCGUGUGCUAUUUUGUGUAGUGCGGAAAAUACCUUUGCAUCAUGGACGCAUUCGGUGACAAUUUCGAACAGUCGGAGGUCGAUCCCGCCGCGGAGUUCCUGGCUCGGGAGCAAAAUGCCCUCGCUGGGCUGGAGGAUGAGAUUCCGCCCGUGGCUACCGCGACCAAUGGCUCGGUCAAUGGGGAUUCCGCACCGAAAGCAGAUUCGACAGGAUUCGAAAACGAGCUAAACGGAAGCUUUGAAAUGAUCAAUAAUGCCGAUGCGCACGAUCCAUCCUCUUCUGCCGAUAAUAAUCCCAACACAGAAGAUGAUAAUGAUGAUUUUGCAGGCUUUACAGUGCCAAAGCAGGUGACGGAGGAACCGGAAAAGAUACGCAAAUGGCGCGAGGAUCAGAAGACGCGCCUGGAGGAAAAGGACCGCGAGGAGGAACGCAAGAAGGACGAAUUGCGCGAGCAAGCACGCAAGGAACUGGAGGAUUGGUACAAGCACCACGAGGAAACGAUCUCGAAGACAAAAGCCGCCAACAGGGAAUCGGCCAAAAACGCCGAAAAGCAGUUCGUGGCGGAAACGGACGAAAUCGAACCGGGCACCGAGUGGGAACGGAUUGCCAAGCUGUGCGAUUUCAACCCAAAAACGAACAAAUCAAGCAAGGACAUCUCUCGGAUGCGCUCCAUCAUUCUGCAGCUGAAACAGAACCCAAUUCAGGCCACCAAAAAGGUGUAAGCGUUUUGUGCGGGAGAGCGGUGACUUUGCGGCUGUAUGUGGGUUCCAUUUGCAAACCCGGAUAACAUGUUUCUGCACAGCUGGUGCAUCGGCGAUCGUGGGUUUUCAUGAGACGGGAGUUGCUGUCGGACGAUCAUUCCCAAUUGCAAAUGCCGUAAGCUAACGAUAAAGCAAACCAAGACGGUUUGUUGCCCGUACAUAAGAAUCUAAUUUAGUUGCCGAGAUGCCAGAAUGUGUGCAUGCUGUUGCUAGGGAACCGUGUGGCAACGUACAAACAACGUAGGGUGGAAAAUGGAAAUUAUAACCUAAAUUAUCAUACAAAAUCCGCGCCGGAGUCGUAGCGGUAUUAUAAAUAUUAAUUAAAUGCUAAUAAUUUCCCAGGCGUUGCAAUAUAACUAAUGUUGACACAAGAAUAUGUUGACAAAGAAGAGUAUAGAAAUAUAAAUAUUACGCAGCGUAUAACUAAACGGUUCAAGUUGACGACAUAAAUCCUCUCACUAUAGAGACUAAAACGUAGGCAAACAUGAAACAUUCAUACGCGAAAGGCACUUGGAGUAAUGUAAAGAAUUAUUUGAAAAUAAUAAAUAGAAAACUAUU